AUGAGUUUUAUGUCAUUUCUUCUAUUCACCACUGCCACUCUCGCGGGCUUUCGAGUCGGUGUCGAUCUUGACACCGGGGCUGUGCUUUCCAUCACGAACCCAAACGAUAAUGCCUCCAUGAAUUGGAUCAGUGGGCCAGACAACACAGCCUGGCAGCCUGUCGGUAGCAGAUGGGGACUAGGCUAUGCAGAUAUAGGAGGUCUCAACCGCGCAUUCUGGAACACUCCUGAUAUGAGGAUUGGAGAUGAUCACAUGACUGCAUCCUAUGCAAUGGAUCAGCUCAAUGUGAGCGUUACCAGAUGGAUAGACACACCUUCCAAAAGUUUCCAGGAAUGUUAUUCGUUUAUUAACACCGGUAACGAUUCGCUGAGUCUUAACAAUGCCGGAUCUGUGUCGCUGGGGAUUUACCUCCCUUUCAAUGACCAUUAUACCUCCACGGAAGAAGUUCUGGAGCACCGGGCUCACGCUCACAUCUGGGCGUCUGGUGAGAGCUCGUCAUGGGUUAAGUUGACACGAAUGGGCCUACGAGGACCUCACCUUGGGCUGGUUCUCACGGAGGGGGCAUUGUCAGGUUAUAGUGUGGAGUCGCGGAAUACAGUGACAUCGUCUAACACCCGUGGUUUCUUUCUUAUGCAUCCUAAGGUGCCUAUUCUGGGGAGCAAGGAGACAAGUCAGAUCUGUUGGACUAUGUUCUGGCAUGAUGAUUGGCAAGACUUUUUUAAACAGAGUAUCGAACGAUCAGACCAGUUUAUCCAUAUCGACGCAUCACCCUGGACAGGUGUUGCAGGCGAAUCUGUCAAUUUGACAGUGUUUGGGCGACCUGGAGACAAUAUCUCUUUUAAUGAAGUUGAUCUUCUGCCUCAGGGGAAAACCGGCUUAUAUUACACCUCGAUCCAGGCGCACACUGCAGGCGAGCGGAAAUUAACGUUUACCCUGAGGAGGAGCGAUCGUCGGGAUAAUGCUACCGUUGUCCUCAAUACCGUGCAUGACAUUGAUGACAUUAUUGCGAAUCGUGUUAGGUUUAUUACCAUGAAGCAGCAGUUAAAUUCAUCUUUCCCCGACAAGCCAAGGGCAGGCGCAUAUGCGGUCUAUGAUAACCAGAUAGAGGGUAUAGUCACAUUUGAUACUGCGUCCGACAGGAAUACAGGUCGAGAACGCGUCGGGAUGGGUGUAUUAGUAGCUCGAUGGCUCCUAAAGCAUUCUGACGUGGCUGUUGAGGAGUCUCUCCGAAUCUAUUAUGACUAUGUCAACAACAAACUCCAAGACCUAUCGGGCUACGUUUACGACUGGCCAAUUGGGUCCAAAACAGCAUCUCUCCGCCUGUAUGACUGGCCCUGGGUGAUGCAACUUCAUCUUGCUAUGGCGAAGCUGGGAAAUAAGGCUGUGAUAAGCCAUGGGAAUUAUACCGCAACACCUGUGGAGCGUUUAUUGUCUACUAUCGAACGCUUUCAUUCGGAAGGAGGGGCGGGCUAUUACCCCAUCGGUUUGCCUAUCUUGGAAAGUCUUACUUUUCUAAAGGGGUACGGCAAUAGAGACGCAUAUCAGCGCGCGCUAGAACUAUUCACGGGCCAUGGAAAGCAGAUCGCCAAGGUUGGACAGAACUAUCCCUCGUCCGAAGUGAACUAUGAGCAAUCGAUCAUUGCUCCUGCAGUGAUUAUCUUACUGGAGUUGUACCGAUCCACUGGGGUCAAGUCUUGGCUUGCGGCCGCUCAUAGUCACUUUGAUCGUCUCGAAGCAUUCGGAGGCCAACAACCGGAUUAUAUCUUCAGGAUAUUGCAAUUCGAUCGGAUGUGGGGUGACACGUUUCCUCACUACUGGAGUACUCUGACCGGUAUCGCAAUGUAUCACUAUGCAAAUGCUACUGGAGACAAGACGUAUCAGACCCGUGCUGAGAAUAUUCUGCGAGCAAACCUCGCUCUCUUCACAGAGGAUGGACGUGGAUACUGUGCUUUCCUCUAUCCUGCUACUGUCGACGGACGUAAAGCUCACUAUCUAGACCCGUACGCAAAUGACCAGGACUGGGCGUUGGCUCACAUUUUGCAACUCAAAGAAGAAGACUAA